AGAGGAACCGAUUCCGGAACCACGGAGUUCAAACCGAUGCAGGAGAGAGCAGCGCCUGCACCGAGCGGCGGUCGCCUGGGUCCGUUUCCUUCCAGGGCGUGGCUGAGCUGGUGAUAACAAGCUGUGACUCACUGGAGACCUGAUGCUAUGACACACUCGUGGUUCUCUGAACACGUUCCAGCGGUCUGAAGGCAUCACUAUGUCAGCAAACAGCUCUCUAUUAUCUCUUCUGCUGUCAACCUAUGACCUCACCUUGGCCUGUGGUCGCUGCUACAUCCAGGAAAACCAAAUCACAUUCAGACUGAGACCAGUUGAACACCAAUGUGACCACCAGGUCCUGCUCUGCAGAGCCAAAGGAGGCAGCAUUUGGAGGCCUGUCUCUAAACGACCAACAUUUCCAAACCCAAAACAAUAUGAAGCCUGCUGGUUUUUUAAGGAGGGCCUUGGUUGCACCGUGCACAAGAACCGCUGCACCUAUGCAAAGAGUGAUGAGGAAGCUGCUGUGUGGACGUUUGAAAAGAAACAUGGAGUGGACCAUCAGUUUUUCUUUAACAUGUUGGUUCAGUCCAAGAGUAAACCUGAGCAGAAAAGCAAUACGGGGCCUCAGUGUGAGCUCUUUGUUGUUCUAGAUCUGAAGGCCGCUUGUGAUUUAUGCUCCAACAAGCUGAAUGAAGUCACAUACAGUAUUCAGUCAGUUAUUCACCAGUGUAGCAGGAGUCUCCUCUUAGCUAAAGGGAAGGCAUCUCACCAGUGGAAGGUUAUUUCUGAGCGGCCGACUGGUGGAACCAUUGGUCCUAGAGUCCUUUAUAAAGUAUGUGAUUACUUUGUUGAGGGUUCUGGAUGUAACAAACAUACAGCAGGUCAGGGAUGCACCUAUGCCAGAAGCUUCGAAGAGGCCACUGUGUGGAACUAUCUCAGAGAGAGAAAGAUUGGUAAAGCAGAGUUAAUCAGACACAUAACCGAGUCCAACUCAGUUUCAGAAACACCAGAACGUGCAGCUCAGAGCAUUCUCCAGAGGUUUUCUGGAAAAUUCAUCGAGUUCUGCAAAAAUUGUUUUGUAGAGCGGCCAACAAAACUGUCACCAAAACGAUGGAAUGACACGUGCUCUGCAGAUGCAGCUCACACCUGGGAUCCAACCUUGGUUCAUCACCUGUCAGAGAACAGCUCAAAGCACAUUUACAGCCAGGUCCGCCCUCUUCCUCUAAAGUGCAGUUUUAAGUUCUGCAGUCACGUCAGACAGGGUAAGCCCUGCUGGCACCAGGCUGGCCACUGCCAGGCCGCCCAGAGCGAGGUGGAGAUGGCCGUGUGGAAAGCCGAGCACAGCGGCCUCUCGGUUCGGCCUCACCUCCUUCAGCUGAGUCAGCAGGACCAGGUCCUGUCCAAGCAGGUCUCUUUAUUCUGUAAGGUGUGUCUCCUAGUGCUUUCCUCUCCAGAGAGCUUCUACAAACACUGCUCCACAUUAGAACAUGCCCAGCUCCUGUCCCAGGACACCACCACCAGGUGGAGACAACGACAGCCUCCCCAUGGCCGGCGCACGGAGCUGUGGCUCUGCGACAGACCAGAAACCUGUGAAUAUGGUUCAAAGUGUCCUAAAGCUCAUUCUGCGGAGGAACUGCAGGAGUGGAUAAUGAGAUCUGAUGAGGAGAAGGAGAUCCGACGCAGCAUUGAGACUCAGGGCCUGAUGUGCUACAACCAGCAGCUUCUAGAUGAGUUCAGGAACAGCAGCAAUGAAGUCUGCAUUCUGUCUGAACAGGUUGAUGAUGUCAGCAUCUCCUGUGAUGAAGAUUUAACCGUUGAGACUGAAAACAUCAAUGAAACACUGACAUGGAACUUCACAGUAGAGACAGAGCGACAGUUGGUGCAUGUGGCACUGCUGAAGCAGGAACCAGGAGCUUCAUUCAGCCUUGCUGAGAACAGCUCUGAACCAUGCAUCUACUCUAAAGGUGAAAGGUUCAUCAGUAAAAACAUGACCUAUGCCAUCACCGUAUCUUUUACAUCUACACACCGAGGCCUGUAUGAACAGUGGUUGGUGCUAGAUUUUGAAAUGAGGCCAGUCCUCUUGAGGAAACUUAAGGUAAGGAUUGGCCAGCAGUUACUGGACGACACCAAGGACCCAGCAUUAAAUCAUGGGGUUAUUCUUCAAAGUGCAAAGCGCUGGACUCGAGGGAACAGGGUUAUAAUACCCUGUUCCUGCAGGACAGAGAAACAGGAGGACUUGUUGAAGGAGUACAAGCCUCCACAGCUGAACAUUCACUACAAGCCCUCUUGUAACAACCAAACCGCACUGACAGAUGAAAACUACAAGGCAAAAAUGCAUGAGUUCCUGUACAAUGAGGAGCGAGCUGAGGACCAAGUAGUUUCAAGACUGAAUGUUUGUGGACAGAUUACAACAAUGGAUAGGUUGGACAGUCCAAAGUUUGGAAUGGAGUUUGCUCCUCAGGGAGAACUUUUCUGUUCUGUUUCCAUUCCUUAUAAGCUCACCAUCGACAGUCCUGAAGGACUGGCACUGAAACGAAGUGUCCAGUCAGCCCUCAUAGCUCCUUUAGACUCCCACCAUCCAAACUCCAAGGUUUAUGAAGCCAGAGUUCUGCAACUCAUUACCAGGGAGAACCAAAUACACCUUCAACUGUUUAAACAAUGCUGCUCUGAUCUUGCACUCAAACACAAUAAAUCAUAUCAAAUGGAGGUGCAGUUUCAGUUGGAUCGCCACACCUUAUGUUCUCUGCACAAAGCUGUAGACCUGCUUCCAGAUACUAGCAGAGUCCUACCAGACCUUAAGAAUUGUGGAGUUCCUGUCAGUGAUAUCACCUACGAGAGCCUGAACUCCAAACAGCAGUCUGCACUUGGCUUCAUUACGGGGAACCAUGAUGGAAGAAGCUUCACUGCACCUCUGCUCAUUUAUGGACCUUUUGGAACAGGGAAGACCUUCACCAUCGCAACAGCAGCCAUCGAACUUGGCAAGGAUCCUCAGAACAAAGUCUUGAUCUGCACUCACACCAACAGUUCUGCAGACCUGUAUGUCCGAGCUCACUUCCAUCCUUCCAUCAGUAAAAAUAAUGCACUGAAGCCAAUUCGGAUAAAAGCAAACAGUCAAAAUGCUCUGAUGGCCACAGACGGGAUCACCUUAAAAUAUUGUUUUCUCUCAGAAGACAGAAAGUCUUUUCUGCCUCCUACAAAAGCUGUCCUUAAAAACCACAAUGUAGUUGUGACUACAACGACAAUGGCAGGACUGUUUCAUGACCUGAAGCUUGCAGAAGGAUUCUUCACCCACAUACUGAUUGAUGAAGCCUCUCAGAUGCUGGAAUGUGAAGCUUUGUUGGCCCUCAGUCUUGCGGGGCCCAACACCAGAGUUGCUCUCGCUGGAGAUCACAUGCAGAUGGGACCCCAGCUCUUCUCUGUGGAUGACCACUGCCGUUCAGACUACACUCUCCUCACUCGCUUGUUUCACUACUAUCAAGGCCAAAAAUGUGACGCCGCCCAGAAGAGCAGAAUCAUUUUUAGUCAGAACUACCGCUCCACCAAAGAGAUUGUGGACUUUGUUUCCACCCAUUUUUAUGUUGGUAAGAAUGAUGUCAUUGAAGCUUCAGGAAAUGUUCCAGCUCCUCCAAAUGAUCACGCUCUCCGGUUCCACCAUGUUCGGGGAGAAUGCCACUUGGAUACCCUGUCUAUGUCUUGGUAUAACAAGCAAGAGUCUUGUGAAGUCGCUGCAGUUGUGAAGGGCAUUCUGAAAAACUGGCCACCAAACUGGGGGCCCAAGGACCUAAGAUCCAUUUGUGUUCUGUCAGAAGGUCCUCAGGUUCGACAUAUUAGAACCUUGCUCUCAGGAAAAGGCUUCUCUGACAUCAACGUUGAGACUCUUGCUAAUGUACAAGGCAAACAGUUCAGGGCAGUCAUUCUGACAGCUGUACAAACCCGUGACAGCCUUAAAGAAUCCAACCUGUCUGGUCUUCCUCUCUUCAAUGAUGCCCGUGUUUUAAACACUGCAAUGACCAGGGCUCAGUCUCAGGUGACUGUAGUAGGAGAUGCUGCAGCCCUCUGUUGCUUUGGGAAAUGCUCCAGAUUCUGGCAAAGCUUCAUAAACCACUGCAUCAGCAACAACAGCGUAGAACCACAUCAUUACACCAAAGGUUUCUUUGAGCAAGAUGUUGAGGAAACUGCUAGGUUUCAGAGGGUGGAAGACGUUGAUGAGAGCAACAUUAUCUGUGACUCAGUUCUGCAAGAGUUACGAGAUGAGUAUGAACAGAUGAAAACUGAAUAUAGUUCAGAUGAAGAGAGUUUGGACUGUAAAGUAAACUUUACCCACCAGAGGGUUGGAAAAUCAUUGAAGGUUUCCAAUGAUCGAGAAGAUCUGAUGGAGUUGUGUGAAAAACAACCUGAGUUUUUCAAGAAAGGAAAGUUUGUUAAGCAGUCUUAUGACAGAGGUUAUGUUGUACCAUUUCAUAAACCCACCAAGCAUAUAAACAUUCAGGGGAAAUCCAAAAUGGGGAAGGCUUUCACUGGAGAUGAAGUGGUCAUUAACACCAUUGUGAAGCAAUCAAUCAGUGUAGUCGGUAUUAUCAAGGAAAAUCAAGCUGCUCGUCAACUUGUUUGCUUCCUUGAGGAAGAAGAUCACAGCAAGAGACGCCCAGCUACCUCUGGCAAGUUUGUAAGAAGGAUGAUGACACCCUUUAAUAAAAGUGCAACCAAAAUAACCAUUCUUCUCUUAAAAGAUAGACGGAACUUCUUACCAAUAUGGGAACAAACCAGCGGAUCCUGGACAAUCAAAAGAUCUUGCCACUUUAAUGAAGUCAGGGAUGAGGUAUUUCUAGUCCAGGUGAUUGGCUGGAAAGAAGGCUGCUAUCAUCCUUUGGGAAAGAUCACAGAUGUUUACCCCAAAGGAGGACCUUUUAAUGACCAACUAUGGCUGCUGAAGGAGGAAUUUGAAGUUAAAGACUCUACGUUGGAGACAUAUGAAGAUCUUUCAGACAAAGACGAAUAUAGUGCAAAGAGACAGAAUAUAACUAAUGCAAUCACAUUCACUAUUGAUCCAGAAGGAGCAAAAGAUCUGGAUGAUGCCAUCAGCAUUAGAGAUAUUGGAAACCAUUAUGAGCUGGGAAUCCACAUUACAGAUGUGGCAAGCUAUGUGAAUCCAGGUGAUGAACUGGAUAGGUCUGCAGAAGAACGUGGUUCUACACAUUACCUCGGGGAAGAACCCAUUCAUAUGUUCCCUAAAAACCUGAGCACUCAUCGUUUCAGCCUUCUGCCUCAUCAGGAUCACAGGGCGGUCUCCUUGAUGUUCAAAGUGGAAAAAGAAACACACAGGAUCCUUGAAGAUCCAAAACUUCUGCUCUCCACGAUCAGGUCCCAAAUGCAGUUUACAUAUGAACAGGCAGAAGACGUCAUCACCCAAAGAUACAGAGAGCCCCCCACAUUCAGCACAGUAGAGGACUGUGUCACUGUGGGCUACCAUUUUGCUAAAGCUCAAAGGAAGUUAAGACUGGAGAAUGAGUGGGUUUAUUAUCAGUGCGAUGAUGACAGGUUGCCAGGGAGGCGUAAAGCCCACCAGAUGAUUGAGGAAAUCAGCGUGUUAUUUAACAGCUAUGCAGCAAAAUAUCUGUGGAAUUACAACCAUACCAGAUAUUAUACCCCACUUCGCUGUCAGAGCAGCCCAGACUCUGAGAGGCUUGAAACAUUCAAAGAGAAAUGUGAAAAGUUAAUACCCCUAUCCUUUAGUGUGCAACAAAGAGUAAACCCUGAAGAAGUAACCUUGCCAAACCCUAAAUCAACUGAACAUUUCCCCAUCCUGGAGGCUGUGUGGAACGAUAUACAGUCAGCUCUGAGAGAAAACGAUACGGACAAACUGGUGGACCUUGUGGCUGCAGAUGACAUUCACCCUAUGCUCCAACCACUCAUUUAUGAGUUCCAACGCUGCUGCAGUAAAGCUUAUUUCAUCCGCUCAAACUCCUCUCCUGAAGCACGGCUUGGACAUUAUUCUCUCAGAUUAAAUCCUUACACACAAGCCUCCUCACCGAUAAGGCGUUACAUCGAUCUCGUCUUGCAGAGACUCCUGCACUCUUUCAUUUGCAACGUUGAUCACCAGUACACUCGCACUGAGAUUACAGAUCUGUGUCAUCAGCUGGACCCCAACGCAAAGAAAGCUAAGCAGCUUGAGCAAAAGGCUCAGCAGGUCUUCUAUGCAGUGAGCACAAAGCAGCAGAGUGCACCAAAACUAGCCUUCGUUGUUUCUGCAGAUCUAGAGGAAGAGUUCAAAGUGUCAUUUCCUUUUAACAGGAACAUAUUUCCUUUGUCUUUAUCUGUCAUGUUAAGAGAAUUACAAUUAGAGGACCAGCCAAUCUUUAGCCCAGAAGAAAAUACCUUGACUCUCAAAUGGAAAAAAAGGAUAUAUGCAGCCGAUGAGAUGCUGAUCCACCAAGAGUUGAGCAGGAUGUCAGAUCGUGGUCCACGCAUUGAGAUUCCACUGACAGUAUGGACCGCUGUGAUUGAAGCAGUUCAAACAGAAAACUUCGAUCAGGCCAAGUCUCUCCUGAUGAAUGCCAAUCCACAGAAACCAGACACAGUAGUUGUACCUAAAGCUUCAUCACCUCCUCCUUUCCAACACUAUGCUGACAUUCUUCUUCAGCUACUGUCAGGUGACACCAUUCAGGUGCAAAUGACAUCAGAAGAGAAAAGAGGUUCGGAUAUGCCUGUUAUUCAGUUAGUGCACAUUAAACCAAAAUUUGAGAUUUGUGUUCAGCAUGUCCACAACCCUAUCUCAUGCUAUACCCAGUCUGCAAACGGGCCAACGAAGACUCAUUAUAAUGAUACUAAGCAAUACAUACAGAUCUGGAAACCCAUGUGUAAGAUGGAAUCUGCAGCAAAUGCAGUGGAGGACAGUGACAGCAUCAUCAUUGAGAAUCUGGAGGUGAACUUUACUCAGCAAUACAAAGAGAUCCUGAAAGGAAAGUUCUUCUUGCAUGAGAAAUGGAUCAGAGAUUGGGUUAUUGAAUGCUACCUUGAUCAGUGCUUACUUUGCAUUCGGAAAAGAGGUCUCAAAUUUGUUAUACCUCUGCAACAUUCUGCACCGGUGGACCCAAAAGAGUUUACAUGGGUGGCCCAUGGUGUCACAACCAAAGAAGAAAAGAAGAAAACUGGAAUUGAAGUGGAAUUCAAUAUCAGUCACCUGCCAAUGGAAAGUAUUCCUGAAUGUGUUUAUCUGAAAAACACUCUUUACACUGUUGAGAUCAUCCCAAAGCUCCUGCCUGACAUGCGGAAAGAAGCUGCCGUUGUAAGACUGGGACAAGCGUGUGACCUAGUCAACAGGAUUGCACUCGGAAAAAAGAUCCCCAGAAAAAUUGUGCAAAGCAGUGUGUUGAAACACCAGGUUGCCAGAACAAACUUACCAGCAGAACUGCCAGAGCUUAAUGACAGUCAGCUUCGGGCUGUUGCUGCUGCUUUGAACAGCACCUUCACCUUGAUACAGGGACCACCAGGAACUGGGAAGACAGUGGUGGGUGUAUAUAUUGUGUACUGGUUUUUGAAGUUCAACUCUCAGAGCCGCAGGAAAUGUGAAGACCCAAAUGACAAAAACAAAAAAGAAGUCAUUCUCUACUGCGGUCCGUCCAACAAGUCUGUGGAUGUUGUUGCAGAGUACUUGAUGAAGUUUAAGGGGAACCUUCAGAUCCUCAGAGUCUAUGGCCUGAAAGUAGAGAUGGUUGAAUAUCCUUAUCCAAACAGUAACCUGCAGUUUUCCCAAAGGUCGCUUCGCCAGGAUCGUUCCAAGCCAGAGCUCAGGAGCAUCACUCUGCAUCAUCGCAUGCGUGAGCCAGAAAACCCUUUCGCAGAUAAAAUCAAACAAUUUGAUGAACGGAUUUCUCAGGAUGAAGUCUUGACUGCUGAGGAAGUGACAGAAUACAAGACACUUCUCAGAGAUGCUCGGAUACAUGAACUGAAACAACAUGACAUCAUACUGUGUACGUGCACACAGUCAUCCACCCCCAUCCUCACUUCCACAGUCACUGCACGUCAGAUCCUGAUUGAUGAAAGUGCAAUGGCCACUGAACCCCAAGCUUUGAUUCCUUUGGUCUGCAACAAACCAGAACAGGUCGUGUUAAUUGGUGACCACAAGCAGCUUCAGCCAAUCGUUAAGAAUCAGACUGUGAAGAAGCUGGGUAUGGGGAGGUCUCUCUUUGAGCGCUACUACACCAUGUUCCAUGAAAACACAGCUGUGAUGCUGGAUACCCAGUACAGAAUGCACGAGGACAUCUGUAAGUUCCCCUCAGAGGAAUUUUACGACAACAAGCUAAAGACAGGCGUGUCGCAACCGAGCAGCGUCCUGCGUGUUGACGGCAGGACGAUGCCGCUGGUGUUUGGGCACAUUGAAGGAGAAACCGUUCACCUAGUGGUGAAGACUGCAAAGGGCAACAACAACUCCAAAGCCAACCAAAAGGAGAAAGAGAAAGUGACACAGAUUGCUAAAAUGCUCGUGGAGAAAGCAGGAGUGGAUCAGGGGAGUAUUGUGGUUCUGUCUCCUUAUAACGCCCAAGUAUCAGAGAUUAAAGAGGAACUCAUCAACAAGAACCUGGGAAAAAUCACAGCAACCACCAUCACAAAAAGCCAAGGGAGCGAGUGGCGCUACGUGAUUUUAUCCACAGUCUGCUCGGUUCCCAGAACCGAGCUUAAGAAGGAACUGGACGGUGCCUGGAUGUCCAAACAUGUGGGCUUUGUUGGAGACCCCCACCAGAUAAACGUUGCCAUCACCAGGGCCAAGGAGGGACUGUGCAUCAUCGGUAACCAGGAGCUGCUCAGACUCAACACAACAUGGCGCCACCUGCUGGAGCACUACACUUGCCACAACGCGGUGACCAAUGCAGAGAAGAUCUCUGUUCACCACAGCUGAUCAGUUUCCUUCAGAUGGACUCCCUUAUAUUUUAUUAUUCCAGAGAGUCUGGCUGCUUUUUAUACAAGUUAAAGAUUUUUAGUCUGUUUGAUGAAUUUCUUUUGUAGAGCUCAAAAUCUUAGAAUGACUUUAUGUUUAAUCUGAAUAUUUAUCUCAGGGAACAAACUGGUCCAGUUCUUAUCUAGUUCUAACGAAGUCAGUCCAGAUUCCUCUCCAGUCAGUUUGACUGAUUAAGUUUGUUUUACAUCAAGAUGAUUUAAGGUUUCUCUCUCAUAAUGUCCUUCAUGCCUUUAAUUUUAUUAUUUUAUCACAUUUUGAAGUUUGCAAUGUUUUUAAUCAAUAAUUGUUUCUUUUGGACUCAUUAAGUUAAAUUAAAAAGCAUAACUCAAAAGUUUCCUUUAAAGGUUCACCCCAGAACAGAACCAGGUGUUAAAGAUAUUUUUUGUACAGACUCUGGGUGUAGCUCUCUUCACAACGUCACAAACACUGGUCGAUUCCUUGAAACAGGCAUUUAAUUACAAGCAUGACUUAAUGAAGCUCUGGCAAGACACAAUUUGAUAUCUUCCUGUCGUCAUCUUCAUGCCUUAACAUCAUGGGACAUCGCACAACAAUAUGCCACAAGAACUUAAAACAAAUGCAUAAAACACAAAGAUGCAUAUUACCGAAAUGUAAAGCGAGUGUGAGGCAACUGUGGCUCAGUAGGAAGAGUAGUCGUCUUGCAAUCAGAAGGUUGUGGGUUCGAUUCCAGCUUCCUCCUGCCAUAGGUUGAUGUGCCCUGGGUUAGGGUUAGGGGUGCAAGGCACUUAA